UAUAUAUAAAUACAUCAAACGUCGACCCCUUCAAACACUCUUGAUCUUCCUUAUUGCUUUGCUUCAUCGUCACUGUGUUUAGUACUACUACUUUGAUCUUCGAAACCAACCAUGUCUAACCACGUCGAGUCAUCAUCAUCGGACCCGAAACCGGGGAAGAAAGAUUUCACUACGGCGAUUCUUGAACGGAAGAAGUCACCGAACCGGUUAGUCGUUGAUGAAUCCAUCAACGACGACAACUCAGUGGUGGCCAUGCACCCUUUAACCAUGGAAAAACUCCAACUCUUCCGGGGAGACACUAUCCUCAUCAAGGGGAAGAAACGGAGGGACACUGUUUGCAUUGCUCUUGCUGAUGAGUCAUGUGAGGAGCCUAAGAUAAGGAUGAACAAAGUUUUGAGGUCUAAUUUGAGGGUUCGUCUUGGAGAUGUUGUGUCUGUGCACCAGUGCGCUGAUGUUAAGUAUGGGAGGCGUGUUCACAUUCUGCCUCUUGAUGAUACCAUUGAAGGGCUUACUGGGAAUCUGUUUGAUGUUUAUUUGAAACCUUAUUUCUUGGAGGCUUAUCGUCCAGUCAGAAAAGGAGAUCUAUUUCUUGUCCGAGGGAUGAGAAGUGUAGAGUUCAAGGUCAUUGAAACCGAUCCUGGGGAGUAUUGUGUAGUUGCUCCAGACACUGAAAUAUUCUGUGAGGGGGAGCCUGUGAGAAGGGAGGAUGAGGAAAGGCUGGAUGAAAUUGGGUAUGAUGAUGUGGGUGGUGUCAGGAAGCAAAUGGCACAGAUUCGUGAGUUGGUAGAGCUUCCACUGAGGCAUCCACAACUUUUUAAAUCAAUUGGUGUGAAACCACCCAAAGGAAUUUUGCUGUAUGGACCCCCAGGUUCUGGUAAGACAUUGAUAGCAAGAGCUGUAGCUAAUGAAACUGGAGCAUUCUUCUUUUGUAUUAAUGGUCCAGAGAUUAUGUCCAAACUUGCUGGAGAGAGUGAGAGCAAUCUCAGAAAAGCAUUUGAAGAAGCAGAAAAGAAUGCUCCCUCAAUUAUCUUUAUUGAUGAGAUUGAUUCUAUUGCACCCAAGCGGGAGAAGACAAACGGGGAAGUUGAACGCCGUAUAGUCUCACAGCUUUUGACUCUUAUGGAUGGAUUAAAGGCUCGUGCUCAUGUUAUAGUUAUGGGAGCUACAAAUCGUCCAAAUAGCAUUGACCCAGCCUUGAGAAGGUUUGGUAGAUUUGAUAGGGAAAUUAACAUUGGGGUUCCGGACGAGGUUGGGCGACUUGAAGUCCUUCGCAUACAUACCAAAAAGAUGAAGCUUUCUGAUGAUGUUGAUUUAGAGAAAAUUGCAAAAAAUACUCAUGGUUAUGUUGGUGCCGACCUUGCUGCUCUUUGCACUGAAUCUGCUCUGCAAUGCAUUAGGGAGAAGAUGGAUGUCAUUGAUUUAGAAGCUGAUACUAUUGAUGCUGAGGUGUUGAAUUCUAUGGCAGUUACAAAUGAGCAUUUCCAUACUUCUCUAGAAACAAGCAAUCCGUCUGCUUUACGGGAAACUGUUGUUGAGGUGCCUAAUGUCAGUUGGGAAGAUAUUGGAGGCCUUGAGAAUGUCAAGCGCGAGCUGCAAGAGACUGUUCAAUAUCCUGUGGAGCACCCAGAAAAGUUUGAGAAGUUUGGUAUGUCACCAUCAAAAGGAGUCCUCUUCUAUGGACCUCCAGGAAAUGGGAAAACUAUGUUGGCCAAGGCAAUAGCUAAUGAAUGCCAAGCUAACUUCAUCAGCGUGAAAGGCCCAGAAUUGCUUACUAUGUGGUUUGGCGAAAGUGAAGCCAAUGUUCGAGAAAUUUUUGACAAGGCCAGACAAUCUGCUCCAUGCAUCCUCUUCUUUGAUGAGCUUGAUUCCAUUGCCACUCAGAGAGGAAAUAGUGUUGGGGAUGCUGGUGGUGCUGCUGAUAGAGUUCUAAAUCAACUUCUGACUGAAAUGGAUGGUAUGUCUGCCAAAAAGACUGUGUUCAUAAUUGGGGCAACCAACAGACCUGACAUCAUUGAUUCAGCACUUCUACGACCUGGCCGUCUAGAUCAAUUGAUCUAUAUUCCUCUUCCUGAUGAGGACUCCCGUCAUCAAAUCUUCAAGGCCUGCUUGAGGAAGUCACCUGUAGAGAAAGAAGUUGGGUUGAGAGCUCUAGCUAAGUAUACUCAAGGCUUCAGUGGUGCUGAUAUAACAGAGAUAUGCCAGCGAGCUUGCAAAUAUGCUAUAAGAGAAAGCAUAGAAAAGGACAUUGAGAGAGACCGGAAGAGAAAAGAACAUCCUGAGGCCAUGGAUGAAGACAUUGAGGGAGAGGGAGAGGUUGCUGAGAUGAUCAAGGCUGCUCAUUUUGAAGAGUCAAUGAAGUUUGCGCGAAGGAGUGUUAGUGAUGCUGAUAUACGCAAGUAUCAGUCAUUUGCUCAGACCUUACAGCAGUCCCGGGGUUUUGGAAGUGAAUUCAGAUUUCCUGCGACUGGAGGCAGGACCGUCGGAACUGCUGAUGCUUUCGCAACUUCUGCUGGUGGGGCUGAUGAAGAGGAUCUGUAUAGUUAGGUUUUAUUUGAAUGGUGUGUUUUCAGUAGCAUAUCUAGCUCAGGAAAAUUGUUUUGUUUACUGUCCCUUCAAGGAUUAACUGCGAACCUUGUUUCGUAUUUUGCUUUUCUUAUAAUUUAAGUUUAUGUACAAAAUUUGCUUUUCUUAUCCUUAA